GAUGGCAUCAAGAGAUCUUGAGCUCUUGAUUCCUGUCUCCAGUUUAUCAGAAAAUGCAUCCAAAUCAUCAACCACUUCUCCCACCGUUACCCACAAUCACACUGGCCAAGAGGCACUUUUGAAAGUGAUUCGCAGUUGGGCCUCCAAGAAGUUCGUGUCUGGAUGUGUUAUCCUUCUUCCCAUUGCAAUAACAUUUUAUGUUACUUGGGGAUUUAUCCGAUUUGUUGAUGGUUUCUUCUCCCCAAUUUAUAAUCAUCUAGGAAUCAACAUUUUUGGUCUUGGAUUUAUUACUUCCAUUACUUUUAUAUUUUUGGUUGGAAUUUUCAUGUCAUCAUGGUUAGGAGUUUCUCUUCUCACCCUUGGUGAAUGGUUCAUCAAGAAAAUGCCUUUAGUAAGCUACAUAUAUGUUGCUUCUAAACAAAUAAGUGUAGCAAUAUCACCUGAUCAAAGUUCAAAUGCAUUCAAGGAAGUUGCUAUCAUAAGACACCCUCGUGUUGGUGAGUAUGCAAUUGGAUUCAUCACUUCUUCAGUAAUAAUAAGGAACAGAGAUGAUGAAGAACUAUAUUGUGUUUACGUUCCCACCAAUCACUUGUACAUGGGAGAUAUUUUUCUCAUUAGCCCAAAUGAUAUUCUAAGACCAAAUUUAUCGGUUCGAGAAGGAAUAGAAAUUGUUAUAUCUGGUGGCAUGUCAAUACCUAAAAUAUUAACUAUCGUGGAUGGUCAUGCCAAUUUUGCACCAAGAAAGGCAACAUAUGCAUCAAAAGUAUGAUGACAAUAGUGUAGUUUAUAUUUUAAGAGUAGUUCAACUUUAGA